AUGACUCGCCCACAGAUUCGCCGAGUCGCAGUUAUCGGCGCAGGCAUUAGUGGUGUCGCGUCUGCGGCGCACUUGCUCAAUGCCGGGUUAGAGGUGACCGUGUUUGAGAGGAGCCAUGCAGCUGGAGGUGUUUGGCUGUACGAUGAACGGAAAGCGCCCGAGCCAUCUUAUACAUCGUUGAAACCGCUCGAGGCGGAAGCGCAUUUCGAUACGGAGGAGGGUAGGGAUGUUUCUCUUAGCCAUGCGCCGCCGGGACCGUGCUACAACGGCCUGAAGAAUAAUGUUUCUACACCCCUGAUGCGCGUCAAACUCAAUGCCUGGCCCGAGGGGACGCCGGAUUUCGUCAGCCACUCCGUGAUGAGAGACUAUAUCCAGGAUACGUCGCAGAAAACGGGCGUUCAAGGUAUCACAAUAUACGGGGCGCGGGUUAAGAAUAUCUCGAAGCAGGGUGGUUCGUGGGAGGUUACGUGGUCGAGACUGGAGCACGACGAUGAUGGCGUCAGGGAACGAGAACAGAUAUGGACAUUCGAUGCUGUUGUUGUUGCCUCUGGACAUUACCAUACGCCUCGAGUGCCGGAUACUCCGGGUCUCGCAGAAGCAAAAGCGCGCUGGCCGGAGCGUAUCUUCCAUUCGAAGCGAUAUAGAAAGCCGGAGGGAUAUGAGAAGAAGAACGUCCUCCUAAUCGGGGGUGCGGUGUCCGCCAUCGACAUCGCAAAGGAAAUCAGCACCCAAGCAGAGACCGUCUACCAGAGCACGCGAAACGGCGAAUUCGACAUCUCAGCCAACAUCCUCCCCGAGAACGGAGUCCGGAUAAGUGAAAUCGCGCGGUAUGAGAUCCUAGACGAUGCCGGCGACGCCGACGACAGCAAACCACUGCCGUUGAAAGUGCACUUGAAGUCCGGCCAGGAACUCUGCGGGCUUGACCAAGUUAUAAUCUGCACAGGAUACCAGUUCGCUGUCCCCUUCCUGCCAUCGUUCCACGACGACCGUCUCUCUCCAGAAGAAGCGAACGAGACAAUCCUCAUCACGGACGGGACGCAGGCGCAUAAUCUGCACAAGGACAUCUUCUACAUCCCCGACCCGACGCUUGCAUUUGUGGGCGUGCCCUUCUACACCGCUACGUUUACGCUGUUCGAGUUCCAAGCCAUCACCAUCGCGAACGUUUUCUCGGGGAAUGCGGAAGUUCCACCCGAGAGCAGCAUGAGACAGGAAUAUAAAGACAGAUUAAACAGAAAGGGGUCCGGGAAGCGGUUCCAUUCGCUCAAGGACAUUGAGGAGGUCUACGUGAAGGAGCUACUGGACUGGAUUAACGGGCCGAGGGUGGAAAGGGGUCUUAGUCCCAUUGAGGGACAUACUGAAACAUGGCACCAGGCAAAGGAAGCGCAGCGCGAGCGGCUGAAGGCAUUUUUCGAAGACAGCACUCGCAGGGACAGUGGGAUCGGGGCCCUCCCAGAGCUCCAGACGUGUAGCGCAUGA